AUGGAGGGCGGCGAGGACGACGAGGAAUGCCACACACCGACGUCUGAAGAGAGUAGGCUGCCGGUCUUCCCGCGGAUCUGCCCGCCUGCGCCGAAGAAGACGAGGAGGUCGGCACCAUGCAAAAGGAGGCACUGGUCGUCGGAGCCGGAACUGAUCGUGGUCGGAACUGAAGAGAUGGAGCAGCUGUUCAGGUGGAGAGAUCAGCAAAACGAUGACCACAGUCUUGCAAAGAAGAGAAGGGUUCACAAGACAAGCGAGAUCUCAUCGUGA